AUUUAAGAGUUUGUCAUAAUUUUAACAAUAUAAAAAAAUAGAUGUAGCCACUGAAAAUAGAAUCUCUACUGCAUUCCUCAUUAAUACUCGGACUCGAAGACAAGCCUUAUUAUAAUCUAGAUCUAAAUGCAAGCUGGCACUUCUUCUGGCUUUGCAUUCUGCCUUUUCUCUGCCACUUUCUUGUUUCUACUUUCAAUUUCUACUUAUAGUCUAGAUCUAAAUAAGUUUAUCAACAUGUCCGUUGAUAUUAGACUUGCUAAAUCUCGUGUUGUUGGUCUUGAUGUUUAUCAUGGAGACGAUCCUGGUAAUAUUGUUACUCCCGGAGACAUAAUAACUGCUGAUACUGGAUUUAUGAGGGGCCAUGGAACUUACAUGUCAGAAGAUUGUCUUCAUUCUUCUGUGGCUGGAAUGGUUGAACGAGUCAAUAAACUUGUAUCAGUUCGUCCACUUAAAACAAGAUACAAUGGAGAAAUAGGAGAUGUGGUUAUUGGGCGAAUCAUAGAAGUCUCUCAAAAGAAAUGGAGAGUAGAGACUCAUUCUAGAAUGGACUCAAUCUUGAUGUUGUCCUCUGUUAAUUUGCCUGGUGGUGAACUGCGCCGUCGCUCAGAAGAAGAUGAAAAAAUGAUGAGAAACUAUUUGAAAGAAGGAGAUCUGAUUAGUGCAGAAGUUCAGAAUGUCAUGUCUGAUGGAUGCCUAUCUCUACACACUCGCAGUUUGAAAUAUGGAAAAUUAGGUCAAGGCACAUUGGUCAAAGUCUCACCUUCACUUGUCCUGCGGCGAAAAACACAUUUCCACAAUUUACCUGUUGGGGCAUCCAUCAUUCUGGGCAACAACGGCUACAUUUGGAUUUGUCCAACUGAACAUGUAGAAGCAGGGGAGACAGGAGGCUAUGAAACAAAUUUACAACCAGUAUCCAGGUCAGAAAGAGAAGCCAUUGCCAGGCUGAGAAACUGUGUCUUAGCUUUAGCUGAUCAGAAUGUUCUUUUGUUUGAUACUAGCAUCUUGUACACAUUUGAAGCCUCACAGAAAUAUGCAGUGAAGGACAUAUUGAAACCUGAAGUGAUUCUGGAAGUUGUGGAUCUUGUUCAACAAAGACUUGAGCUAGAAGGAAGCUGAGAUGUUGAAACUUAGGGUCAUGUUUUUCAGUUGUUUAUAGGUCAGGGACAGUAAAAAAGAACACACACAAAAUAAAAGCAACAUUCACCUUUA